AGUGCUUCAUCGAGGCAUAUCCAUCGUCGAGUCAUUUUGGAUUGCACGGAAAUCUUUAUCGAGACACCCAGCGACUUCAGGGUGCAGAGUGAUACCUACUUAAGCUACAAGUGCCACAACACUGCCAAGGGACUGCUGGGCAUCACCCCCAAUGGGUUUGUGUCGUCUUUGAGCGACAUUGCCCCCGGCCGCGUCUCUGACAAAGCCCUGACCGCAUAUUCCGGGAUAUGCAACCUUCUUGAGCCCGGAGACUCUGUCAUGGCAGACAGAGGCUUUUUGAUCACUGAAGAGGUCGAAGCUGCAGGGGCUAAUCUCAACAUUCCACCUUUCCUUGGGGGAAGGCCACAAUUCUCCUUGGAGGACGAAGCGAAGAGUAGGGCGAUAGCGAAGGUUCGAAUCCUCGUGGAACGAGUGAUCGGACAAAUGAAGUGUUUUCUAAUCUUGAGGGGUACCUUCCCAAACAGUAUGAGCAAGAGCCUGGAUUCUAUCUGGAAGGUCUGUGCUUUGCUGUGCAAUUUCACAAGUGAGUCACUGCUCAGUCGAGCCUAGAGCUGCAGUCUUGUGGCUUCGUAAACGGUGCA